AGGGAGGGGGCGCACCGUGCGGGGGGAUGGGAUGGGGGGGAGGGGCUCGUAAUGUUGUAAAAAAUAAUAUUUCUAUUAAAUAGGCUUUACUUUGCAUUUUAAUUAACGUGGGAUUAUUUUUUGUAUUUAGAAAUAAUAGUACCAACUUUUUUUUUUUUUUUUCCCUCCAACAUUUGUGGCACUGGCGUGGCGCCCCCUGAUGGAUGGCGCCCUUAGCAUUUGCCUAUACAGCCUAUGCCACGGGCCGGCCCUGGGUACAGGCGUACGUGUUUCUCCUCAUUGAGCCAUAUUUAGUUCUGUCUCUGUUUAAUUCCUUGCUCCUUGUCUUGUUUAAUAGAUGCCAUCAGUGUUUGAACCUGACAAAUGUGUUGCUGCCAUUAAAUUCCAAGUUAAUGAUUGUUUGCCAGAAAAAAAUGUAGUUUCUCAGUUCGAACAUAAAGUAUCUUGUCGUUGCGGUCUAUUCAAUUGAAUAUAAGUCGAAAAGGUUUUGCAAAUCAUUGUAUUCAGUUUUUAUUUACCAUUUACACAACGUGCCAACAAGGGUUUGUACAUUACCCUUAAGCCCACAGUUUUAUUUGCAAUCUCUCACCACUUAGCUCCAGAAGAAGCAGAGUUUUUUCCCUCUUAUUCGCCCCCCUCAACACACGCACACUGUAGUUUUCCCACAAAGACAGAGGGAGGGCCACACAGGUCAGAGGCCACAGUAGCUGCUUCUUAUUUCUAUCAAAACAAAGCAGAGUGAAGACGACAGCAUGCUUCAUCCUCGGGCUGCCUCCGAUGCUCUCCAAGCACACGCGACACAAAGAGCAAGGGAACCAGUCGUUGCAAACCUCAAGGAGUAUUAUGGCUGAUGAGGUACGGGAAGAAUUUCCCCGCGCGGCAUGCAUCCCGCUGAUCACGUUUCAGCUCGUGUCAAUCAUGCUGACAAGCCUGUAAGAGGGAAACCGAUCGGACAGGCCCACCCAAAUGGGUUUAAUCCUUAAUUCUGCGGUCCUCCGAGAGCCGUUAAAAACGUAUUUUAAACAUUUUAGGGCUUUAUUUAUCGCCGUUCAUCUGGCAGGAAGUGCAAACUGUGUGCAUGCCAUCUGUUUCAGUCUCAGCUCAGCCAGCCCUGCUCACUCCCCCAAAGAGGAGUAUGCUGUUACCCGGUCCAGCGACACCCCUGAAGAGGAAACCAUCCGUGAUCAGCCGGAGGACCGGAGGGCUGCCGGCGUCGACAGACCCGAGCUGACGGACAAGAGACAUGUCGCAGAGGAGGUGUCGCUCUGUGGGUUGUGCCCUUCUCUCGGGCGUGAUGGGCAAGUGGAAGGGAAGUCCUGGAUGGAGCAGCUGGACGCCCACCAGGAGCAGCUGGAGAAGGAGAUGCAGGAGGCCAGACGGAUGGUGUUUCGCCUCCAGGCGUUGCUCCUCAAUGGCUCCCUCCCAGAGGAGGACCAAGAUGGAUCAGUGAGCUUCGGUGACCACCGGGCUAACGCCGAGCAGCAGCUGGUUGUAGUCCGCAGCCGCCUUGACCAAAGCACAGAGGAAGCCCUUGAUCUCAAGCGGGAGCUUCUGAGACACAAACAAGAAGCACGCCAAAUUCAGGCCAUAAAGGAUGCUCUGCAGCAGCGGCUGUCUGUGCAGGAGGAUGCGGUGCUGCAACUAAAACAGGAGCUGCUGAGGAGCAACAUGGCCAGAGAUCAGUUGGAAGGCGAAAACGUAGUGCUCAACGACAAGCUGAGCGAGCGCAACAAAUUACUAAGCGAAUACGAGCAGCAAGUCGGGAGGAAGGACAGACUGAUGCAGCAGCAAAAGCUUGAUGAGGCUCAGCACAAAGCAAAGUCAUUCCGAAGUGAGGGGGGUGGUUACAGUCGCUCUCCUCCUGCAUUCCAGCACAGUGCACCCGGAGAGGAGCUCCAGCUGGUGAGGGAGGCCCUGCGUAGUUUGAGGGACAGCUUUUCAGGCCACGACCCCCAGCAUCACACCCUGGACACCCUGGAGCAGGGUGUGUCCAGUCUAAUGGACCGCCUGCUCUCUGCGGACACCCAGCGGCGACAGAACAGAGGGGAGGAGUUUAAAUCACCGGGUCGCAGAGCCAACUCUACAGAUCGUGACUCAUGGCCGCCAAGUUUUAAAAUGGCCCACUCUCACAGCAGCCCUGGGUUGGAUGCCUCCGUGUCCACCAAAGUGCUCUACUUCACCGAUCGCUCGCUCACACCCUUUCUGAUCAACAUCCCCAAGAGGUUGGGUGACGUGACGCUGCGAGACUUCAAGGCGGCCGUGGACAGACAAGGCAGCUUCAGAUACCACUUCAAAGCUCUCGACCCGGAGUUUGGCACCGUCAAAGAGGAGGUGUUCCAGGACGGAGCAGUGGUGCCCGGCUGGGAGGGGAAGAUUGUAGCUUGGGUAGAGGAGGACCACGGAGAGAGGAAGUAGAAGCCCCCUCCUCCCCCCCAAAAAUAAACCCUCAAUUGUGUCUAUGAGAUCAGAACUUGAAUGGAAAUACUCGGGACCAAUGGACUGGAAUAAACGGUUUGAAUGUUUCAUGUCGAGGAAUGCUGGUUAAGACACUGUUUACACCUCAUGAAGGCAAAAGCCAGUUAAUGAGCUGAAAGAGUUCCACGAUGAAUAAUAGAGUUGAGAUAAUGGACGGAUGUUCACUGCCAUUUUCCACAAGUUCCUGAUUGCCAAAUAGUGAUGUUUGCCUUUUAGUUUCAACCAAUAUUUAAAUAAACAUGAAUUGUUGCAUGGAU